CUGUUUCUUGGGUAGAAAUGUCUCAUUACACUGACAAGGUGGAGUGUGGAUUAAUCCGCCGUCUCGGCUUGGAGUCCAUUUUAGGUCUGCCGAAUCCAGGGCAAUUCCCGGAUGUUCCUGUCAUGGCCGCCAACGACAUCUCGGGCAGCAGUUGAGGAAAACGAGGCAUUUUCAUAUGUAAAAAUGAUUAAAGAAGUGUGAGAAGAUAACUGUGCCAAAGUGAAGGUUAAUUACAGUGAAACCUUCACUGCACAUUGUGGACUCUGCAUUUUGUAUAAUGAAGUCAACAAUGAAAGGGAUGCAAGACAAUUUUGAAGAAAAUACACCUUAUAAAGAGGAUUUCUGUAAAAUGACUGGGCGUAAUGUUGAUACCAAUGAACAAAACAUAAAUUCUUCAGCACUUCAAAAUGAAAUAGUUCCUUGUGAAAUUGAUGGACCCAUUGAUAUGUCAAAAAAUUUGGAUAGCGAGGAAAUUCCUUUGGAGAAAAGGGAUGAAAAUGUUCAGAUGACUCCAUGUAAGAAGCAGACUGCAAGAAAGACAUUGUGGAGUGGAAAUAUAAAUCUUUUUGGCACUUAUGAAAAACAAAAUGCUGAAUCUAAAUCGGACACUACUACUGAUGAUGAUUCACAAAACAUGGCAGCAAAAGUGCUUCAUUUCUUCUGUCAGAAAUGUAAAAACGGUAUCCGAUAUAGUCCCAAUGAUCUUGAAAAACACUUUCAAAUAUUACACAAUGGAGAGCUACCGUUGUAUCCAUGUGAGAUGUGCAAUUUCUCAACAAGUUAUUUUCAUGAAUUUAAGCAACACCGUAAAACUCAUCGGAACACAUUGGUAAAAUGUGAGAUCUGUAAUAAUGACUAUUUAUUUACUUUGUUGGACUUGACAAAGCACUUUACAACUAUGCAUUGUGUUAAUGGUCAUUUCAAUUGUACUAAAUGCAAAUUUUCAACUAGAGAUGUAGGUACCUUUGUUCAACACAUUCACAGGCAUAAUGGAAUUGAAUAUGCAUGUCAAAAAUGUAAUCAUGUAAGCUUCUCAAAAAAAGACUUCCAGAAACAUCUUCAAGGACACAGUGCUUUAUUCCCAUUUAGUUGUAAGUAUUGCAACUAUAGCUCAAUGAGGAAGGAUUUUAUUGUCAAGCAUGUAUUGGCUAGGCAUCGAGAACACGUUCAAACAAAAGAAGAGCUUGAGGAAGAAACAUGUGAGACACAAGUGGUUCAGACCUCAACAGGGCAAAAGGUAGCUUUAAAACCGAACCAAAGUGAUGCUGGCAAGUCUGUGAGACAGGAUUCUUAUGACACUGAAGAUAACACUCAGAACAGAAAUGAUCUUCAUUUUAAAUCCUUUGAUCAAAGCCAGGUGUCAAAAAGUCUUGCUUCAUCUAAUAUGGAUGUUGAUCAUAAUAUGGAAGAUGGAGUUUCUUCAGGGAACACUGUAAAAUGCAACAGCGAAGAAAGCAGUGUAAAUCUGUUAAAGAAUGCAGUUCAUGGUCCUACUGUAUUAAUGGUCAAAAACAACAAAAUUAAUGUUCCUGCAAACUAUACUGCAACAUUUAUGGGAUACAGAAUGGUUGAUGGAAAACAAAAUAUUGUAAUUAAAUUGUUACCUUCAAAUAAACAGUCUGUAAAUGUACAACUUCCGUCCCAGCAGUCUAAUAAUUUAACUCCUGUUUCUCGUGUGUCUUCUGUAGUGCAAUCCAACUGUAUUGACAAUGGAACAUCCCAGAUGUAUAGAUCAAACAUACCAUGUUCUUCAUCUGUUGUAUCAAGAGAGAAACCAAAAGGAUCUAUCUGGAGUACAGGCCAGACUGCUGCAUAUUCUUCUGUGACUUCAAGAUCUCAUGCACUUCCUAAUUCAAUAAAAAUGGGCUCUGCUGCUAGUCAGCCUUUUUUGAAAAACAAUCAGAGAGAUUUUAUUUAUCAUGGUGUGCCAACAUCUUCAUUCAGCAGUGAUUUUCUAAGGAGCAUUAAAAAAGAGCCAGGGGAAUAUAGUGUAGAUGAACUGCAAAAUAAGCAGCUGGCCAGUGAUCAUAACUAUCAGUCAGCUGUUGGUCAAAACUAUCAGUCUAGAGAUUCAUGCUCUGCCAGUGUAGGUUCAAAAAUAGAACAUUUAUUCGAUCAUCGUUCCAGUGAUAGAAGUGGAACAAUGGCUUCUGAGAGCUUUUUGUCUAAAGAACUAAAUGAGCUUAAAAGAGCAAGGUUUUUGCAAUCGGCCAGAAAAGCGGGAAAUUUUACUUUUACAAAUACCAAUAUUAAUUUGAGAUCACAUAAUAACUUUGCAGGAAGAGAUGCUCAUUUGAUUAGUAAACAAUCAUUGUCUCUGGCAAAUAAUGGAUUUGACAGUUCAUCAAUGCCAAAAAUUACAUCUGUGUUCUCCCUCAAAAGUCAGCAAUCUGAAACUACAGCAAGUAAAAACAACUUUCUUCAUAGUAUGCAACAUGAACAUUUGAAAGAUAAAAUGUACGUAGCCAAACCCCAAAAUAUGUUAGUUGGUAGUGGCGCAUUUGCAUCAAUAAAACAAUCUGCUUCUAGCCUAGCUUCAAAAUACGAUAUGCGACGAUCAAAUGGGGACACAAAUACAAAUCGUAAUAUUGCCAGUGCGGCAAUGUUCAUAAAACAGGAGCCUGAGUCACAUGGAUACUUUACCAGCACAGCAAAACCUUCUGUUGUUAAGACACAUUCUGAUGCAAUUGUCAGUCAACAGUUGGCAAAAGAUAAAAUAUUGGGCUUUACAAAACCUGCCAGUGGAGCACCUGCACUACAAAUACUUCAGCAUCCACAGUCAUCAGGUAUACCUCAAAACACAGUUCUAUAUCCAUCUUCUAGUAGAUUACUGUUUCCAUUGCUGCAUCCAAGUCAGUCUGGCUUAAAAUUACCUACAAGUCAAGCACCUACUUCAAGUAGUCCUUCUAACAAGGGCAGUGCACCUGUUGCAGUGAACACCCAAUCUAGCAUGCUUCUAACCUUUACCAAUGCACCUUUUGGAGCAAUCAGAAAUGUUUCUAAUGACAAUUGUAUUAUAGGUGCUGUCAACAGUCAAGGGAAGUUACCUCUUUCACGGUUACACCGUCCUGCUGUUCCACACUUUUUACAGACAGACAUCACAAACAACUUGUCUGCUAACAUGGUUUCUGGUUCUUCUGUUGGAAAAAAUGCACCAAUCAACUUGAAUGUGUUACAGUAUUGUGUCAACUCAGAUGGUUCAGGAGUGCCAUCUAGAAAUUCUGAGCAGGUUAAUAAGCCUUUAAACAAACAACCUAUUUAUGCCCUCCUUCCUGAUGGAAAACAGGCUGUUCUGUUGAACUAUGUUUUACCAAAAGGUGCAGCAGUAAAUGCACAGAAAUUUGCUUCAAGAAAUACCUGCAACCAAGCAUUCCAACUAAAGAAAACAGAACAUGCACCGCAAACUUCAUUAAGAGCUAGUUCCACAGUUUCUGUAAAAGUUGAAGAUACUGAUGAUGCUUUGAUGGAAAAGAAUAUUGCACAUAAUAUUUCUGGGAACGCAGUAGGACAAAAACCUUAUUCAGUUAAGAUGAGAGCUGAACAUGCUGUUAGUUCCAGAAGAGACAGCAAAGGACGAUUUAUAUCUUUAAGAUCAAUGAGAACUCAGAAUGAAACAAAGUACAAACAAAACUUUUUUAACACAUUGAACACAAAGGGCAAGCCUCUAAAAAGAAAGGCAUCUGUAGAGACUAAGAAAAAUUCAAACAAUUAUCUUGAGGGACCUCCAAGAAAGAAAAUGUUGCAUAGAAAGUGUAAAGAGAAGGUUUACUCAAGUGAUAUCUAUGAUGCAGACAUAUCAACACCAAGUGCUUCCAAAGAUAUUGUAAGGACAUUAGGGUUAUGUCCUUUCAGUUCUAGUCAACUUAUAAAGUUUCCUCUGCAGAAUCAGCCUGUUGUUGUUCUGAAUCAUCCAGAUGCUGAUAUCCCUGAAGUUGUUCACAUAAUGAAAACAAUAUCAAAAUUUGAAGGUGGCAUUUUAAAGGUUUCCUUGUCAAAAGAAACAAUUGAUGCUUUUCUGGAGUCUAAAUACAAUAGUUCUGCUGAAGUAGGUUCUGAUGAAUUUUAUGGAAAGCGUCUCCGAAGGGAAAAGCCUGCUAACUCUGUAAAAGAACGAUUUGUGCUUAAGUUAACUUUAAAGAAGACCAGCAAAAACAACUAUAAAAUUGUGAAAAAUACAUCUGGAAACCAAUAUAAAACGAAGUUUAAUUGCUGGUUUUGUGGUAGAAUAUUUGACAAUCAGGAUGAAUGGGUUGGUCACGGACAAAGACACCUAAUGGAAGCAACAAAAGACUGGAACACUCUAUCUUAAGUUCUGAAAUGAACAUCAGUACAUUUUUAGUCUGAUUUAAAAUUGCAUAUGUUUUGUAUAUUAAAGCACCGGUUCCACAUCUUUAUCAUAUAAUCCAAAAAUCCUGGCUUUAUUGUGACUUUGGAAAUUGUGCUUUAAAUUUUCUUUCUGGAUUUAAGAAAAAUGAACAUCUUUUGUAAAAAAUAUUUUUUUUUCCCUUUCAAAGUUUGAUUCAUAACAUUAAGCUAUGUGAAUACAAUGCUGAAAAAUGUGUGCUUGCUUUACUGUGUAGUUAUUUCUAGAACUUAGAUUUAAGAAAAUUGUAAUUCAACACAGUGUGCCGAAAGUAUGGGAACCUAUCUUUCAAAUUGUGUUACUUAGCGAUUCAAUUACUUCCCUACAGUAGAUGUUCGUUUUUUUUUUUUAUUAUUAUUUUAAUUACAAAGCCAUGUGUGAAUGUUUGCAAUGUACAUUAUUAUUGAAGUGUAGUUGUGGAUUAUGUACUUUUUGUACCAGAUUGUUUUGUUUUUUUAUACAAAUAUCUUGUACUUAUACUGCAUAAUAUAACUGUUUCACUGAAAGAAAAGCCUAUAGUAGUAAAAUGUGUUAAAUACCUUUUAAAAAUUAACAUUUUUAUUUUUUUAAUCUAUUCCUUUACAUAAUUUUAUCAUUUAAAAAUAAACAAAUCAAAACUGUUUAAA